UACGAGCAAGAGCGAUAAUUACUAUCAGAAGGAGAUCGGUCUGCACAGUGUGCAAUCAAUCGAUGGCGAUUCACUGCCAGACUACAGUGAGUUCGAUACCGAAUCAGUUACUUUGGACUAUUUCAAGGAAAGGUUCGAUCGUUUCUUCACUAACGGUGUACGGUGGUUUAAAGUAUUGGUUCAUAUUGCAAUCUACUGGUAUAACACACACUGUCCAGCGUCCGAUGCAUCCGCAAUUGAGCCGGGAAUGAACUAAUCAAUGUCCAAUAAUAUCAUCGCUAUCUUCGUACUGACGUACCAUCAUCGCAAUUCAUGUAUCGGCUGUGAACUUUUGUCGCCAUUUAAUUUAUAUGAUUGCAUAUAGCGGCCCCACAUAACCCACGAGGCCCCCCGCCAGCAGAACGUCCCCACAGCCUGGUAAACGCAACCAACUUACACAAAGAAAAAAAACACACACACAUCAGUCAUUCUUUUUUAAAUGCACAACAACCGUACUGCACUGUACGACUAGCAGCUACUUGAGGGUGGCCGUAUUUCAUAUUGCUUUUAAUGCUUCUCUGACGCUCUUGCUGUAACGCCUGUUGUUUGCCGCUGCUCAAUCCUGCCCUGCCACCCCCGCCCGGUUUCUUAUUCGCAAACGAAAUCCUGCUACGAAAUCCGCAACUUUGGUCUGUGCAUGUUCCACGGUUGCAGCUGCAACUUCGUUGACAAAGGAAAGCUUCCUAAACCGGCCAUACGUAGCCGAAGAGCAAAACCAAAAAAAGGCUUACGGAAACGUAAAAUCAAACAUAAGAAAAAAACUUGCGACAAACAAUUUACGCGUAGUUUAAGGGCUUGAGCACCAAACGUGGACCAUCGCCGGACAAAAUGGCACCAACCACAACAAUUGAAACUGUCACCAUUACGCGACCGCUGAAGGUUAUUGCCUUCAUCUGCGGUGUGAUCGUUAUCAUUUUGAUGAUCCUAGCACUUACAUCCACCGACUGGCUAAUGGCGGAAAGUUGGCGUCAAGGACUGUUUGUGCACUGUAUCGAGGAAGGUUACGAACUGCCAUUACCGUUCAACCUGCAGGACCCGGCAGGAUGCUACCCAAGCCGCGAUGUUGCCUACAUUAAGGCGACGGCAGCACUUUGCAUCAUCACGCUUGUAACCGAUGCGUUGGCAACCUUUCUGACCGGAUUGGGCCUACGUACCCAGGACCAUAAUUUGAAAUACAAGUUCUACCGUGUGGCUGUUCUCAUCAUGAUGGUUGCAUUGAUAUCGCUUCUUAUCGCGGUGAUCCUAUACCCAAUUUGCUUUGCCGCUGAAUUGAAUAUUGCUAAUCGGUUGGUAUGGGAGUUCGGUUGGGCGUAUGGUGUCGGUUGGGGUGCGGCUAUCUUUCUGUUCGGUGCCGUCGUACUGCUGCUCUGCGACAAAGAGUCGGAGGAGAUUUACUACAAGGAAAGGAAAAUUGUACACGACGCAUCGUUAAGAGACUAGGCCAGGGCACACGCUCUGCCCGACGUUGUGCUUUAGACAAUAGGAGAGAACUCAAGAGAAGAACACGCUAAAUCACGAUCCAUCAACGGUCCAGCAGUAAUACGCCGUAAUCGUAGCCGAAUCUCCCGCUCAAAGCGAAUGAUGCGUCCUGGCUAAAAGCGAACACAGUUUACCCCCCCCUACCCCCCCCUGGUUCAUACCGAACAUUUGCUUCUUCUACUAAUUAUUUCUGCAAACCAGCUAAUUGCGGUAAAGCGGUGGUGGGAAUUUCAAACGAAAUUCCGUUUCAUUCGUUUACCGUUGAUUGGAAAUACUCGGUAACGCACGUGCGAUAACACGUGCGUGCCCCUAUAUCAGGACAGCAGCUGAAUUGAAAGUGAAACGCGUUUUCUAGUAUUUAUUGAACCAUCUAAUUGCCAUAUAUUCUCGCCUACAAUGAAUCUCUGUUGUAUACAGUCACGCUGUUGCUCUAAAUCCCAAUCUAGCUGUAUUAGCUGACGGCACAGCCACAGCCACACGUUGCUGUUGAUUGCGCGUGAGACAUACGAUGAAUUGCAUGCACUACGUCUAAUUGUACAUACUAAAUCCACCAGCAGUCGAAUCGGAGCGGACAAAUAAUGACAAUUUGCGUGGAACUACCUUUAGUAACAAAUUUUUGCAAAACAACCAGCACAAGACACUUAGAGGGCACGCGAUAUCUCUGUUUUCUCUUGAAACGAUCGGGCAGCGUUUUAUAUCUUCUUUGUAGUUGGUUUAGAAUAACAAGCAAACUAAAGCUUAACGGUAUCAUGUAGUGUUGUGCGGAAUUUGUAGCAUCGGAGAAACAGAAGAAGAAAAGAAAAACAAAACCAACUUGAUUAAGCGAAUAUUCUCUUAGCACAGGCAGACAGGCUGAGCUCCCCUCCUUCCGAUUUAUCAAUCGAAACACACACACACACACACACACAGACAGAAACAGACAUAUACAUAUAUAAGAUAAUUAAAAUCAAAGCGAAUUCUUGUCAUGUAAAUUAGCAUUGAAUAUUCAAACCGUUUUUAAACGAAUAUCGAGCUCAUGUAAUAUACAUAUAUAUAUAUAUACAACUAAUUAUUUCCUUCAUCCAUUUUUCAAACCGAUAAAACGAUAGGUCUCGUCUCCGGCAAACGUAUCUCAAACUUUUUAUAUGACGCGAGACGAACAAAUUGAACGUGGCGCGACACGUGUCCGUGCGUGAACAAAAACAUUAUCAUACAUCCAAGAGCCUCUCUCUCUGCUCUUACUGCUUUCAGAGGAGGUUGGCAAUUGGUGUCAGCAUAAUUGAUUGUGAAUGCUGAUUGAAACUAAAUGAGCAAGUAGAUGGAAAGCAUUUUAAAUCAUUUUCCUCCCCCCCCAUUUUGUACACAUCCCAACAAAAAAAAACAUUGUGUAGAAGAACCAUGACAAAGGAAAAGCUGAUUUUUUUUUUGCUAUGCUUUUCCAUUUUCCCAAAAAUACACACACACACACGUAUACACAGUCAAUGCAUUAGUACACAUUUUGGGACAAGUACAGUUAGUGCAGCGAGUAAUUGGUUUGGUAAAGUGUCAAUUGUGUAUAUAGCCGUAUAACGAAUUCAUUCAUCAUUACACAUGUAUAACCACACAAAACGUUGUAAUAAAUAAUUUAAACAUAUCUAUUGUA